GGCGCCGGGGGCGGCGGGCGCAGGAUGAGGGCGGCCAUUGCUGGGGCUCCGGCGCGGGGCGGAGGACGCUGAGGGGGCGCCGGAGGCUGGGCGCCGGCGGGGGCCCAUGGCCAGGACCACCAGCCAGCUGUAUGACGCCGUUCCCAUUCAGUCCAGCGUUGUGUUAUGUUCCUGCCCAUCCCCAUCCAUGGUGAGGACCCAGACUGAGUCCAGUUCAGCCCCUGGUGUCCCAAGCGGUGGCAGCAGGCAGAACCCCACCAUGGAUGGCACCACAGCCGAGUCCCGGCCGAGUGCCACCUCCUUGCAGCAUGCUGCCCAGCCACCGCCUCAGCCUCGGAAGAAACGGCCGGAAGAUUUCAAGUUUGGGAAAAUUCUGGGCGAAGGCUCUUUCUCGACCGUUGUUCUGGCUCGAGAACUGGCAACUUCCAGAGAGUAUGCUAUUAAAAUCCUGGAGAAGCGGCAUAUUAUCAAAGAGAACAAGGUUCCAUAUGUGACCAGAGAGCGGGAUGUGAUGUCGCGCCUGGAUCACCCCUUCUUUGUUAAGCUUUACUUCACUUUUCAGGACGACGAAAAGCUCUAUUUUGGCCUUAGUUAUGCCAAAAAUGGAGAACUACUUAAAUAUAUUCGCAAAAUUGGUUCUUUUGAUGAGACCUGUACAAGAUUUUACACUGCUGAGAUUGUGUGUGCUCUGGAGUACCUGCACGGCAAGGGCGUCAUCCACAGGGACCUUAAACCAGAAAACAUCCUGUUAAAUGAAGACAUGCACAUACAGAUCACAGACUUUGGAACAGCCAAGGUGUUGUCUCCAGCGAGCAAGCAAGCCAGGGCCAACUCGUUCGUAGGAACGGCGCAGUAUGUUUCUCCAGAGCUGCUCACGGAGAAAUCAGCCUGUAAGAGUUCAGACCUUUGGGCUCUAGGAUGCAUAAUAUACCAGCUUGUGGCAGGAUUACCACCGUUCCGAGCCGGGAAUGAGUAUCUUAUAUUCCAGAAGAUCAUUAAGUUGGAAUAUGACUUUCCAGACAAAUUCUUCCCUAAGGCAAGGGACCUUGUGGAAAAGCUCCUGGUUUUAGAUGCCACAAAGCGGUUAGGCUGUGAGGAGAUGGACGGGUACGGCCCUCUCAGAGCUCAUCCCUUCUUUGAGUCCAUCACAUGGGAGAACCUGCAUCAGCAGACACCCCCGAAGUUGACCGCCUACCUUCCGGCCAUGUCUGAGGACGACGAGGACUGCUAUGGCAACUACGAUAACCUCCUGAGCCAGUUUGGCUGCAUGCAGGUGUCAGCCUCGUCCUCCUCCCACUCCUUGUCUGCCACAGACGCCGGCCUGACCCCGAGCUCCGGCAGCAACAUAGAGCAGUACAUCCACGAUUUGGACACUAAUUCUUUUGAACUGGACUUACAGUUUUCUGAAGAUGAGAAGAGGUUGUUACUGGAGAAGCAGGCCGGUGGAAACCCCUGGCACCAGUUUGUAGAAAAUAAUUUAAUACUAAAAAUGGGGCCAGUGGAUAAGCGAAAGGGUUUAUUUGCACGACGAAGACAGUUACUGCUCACAGAAGGGCCACAUUUAUAUUACGUGGAUCCCGUCAACAAAGUCCUGAAAGGUGAAAUCCCAUGGUCACAGGAACUCCGCCCGGAGGCCAAGAAUUUCAAAACCUUCUUUGUGCACACACCCAACAGGACGUACUACCUGAUGGACCCGAGCGGUAACGCGCAUAAGUGGUGCCGGAAGAUCCAGGAGGUGUGGAGGCAGCGGUACCAGAGCCACCCUGAUGCCGCCGUGCAGUGACAGCCCUGCGGCCGGGCUGCCCUUGGCUGCCAGGACACGUGCCCCAGCGCGGCUCGGCCGCCCCACAGGACGCUGUCAGACCACCUGCCAGCCAUCUCAAGGGGAACACAGACGGCGCAAACCUUGCAGCUUUUUUAUUUAAAAGAAAAGAAAAAAAAAUACCCAACCACACAAAGAACAAAAUCCAUAACAAGAAGGAAUUCAGGGUCGCUCUGCUUGCUCUGUGCGCCUGGAGGCUCCGCGUGCCAGAUUAGUGAGCAGACCAGCAUCUCCGGCUUCUCCUAGCGCAGUCAGAACACGCAUCGCACCCCUCCCCGCGCCGACCCCAGGCUGUUCUGCUGGGGCUGAGGGCACAGAUGUGUCCUUGGUUCUCUGAGCUGCACCCACCCCAGUCAUCACGGAACCCCUCACCUGGGAGCAGCUGCGUGCCUCUGCUGGUUGGCUGGCAACCCUCCUUGGGCCACAGGGCUCUCUGCUUUUGUGCGUGUGCUGUUUCUUGGGUCCCUCGUGUUUGACCCUAGAGAUGUUGCUGGGCCCCCAUCCUGGCCCCGGCAUAGUUCUGAUGGCCCCUGCUGUCUGUCAGCAGGCAGGCUGCUACAGGGGGUGGUGGCCUGCAGUGCCCAUGAGCCUCGAGCCUGCCUGGGAAGGGUACUGUCCCAGGCGGCCUGCUCAUUGUCCAGCUGGGUCAUUGCACAGGAGGUGUCAUUCUUCCCCCAGCCUGGGUGAGACCAACAGGUGCUGCUGCACUGGGUUCAGUGAGAGGAAACGGCACAGUGUCCGUGUGCAGGGGUGAGGCUCUGGUCCUUCCUGGGAUCUCUGGGAGGGUGCGGGCCUCCUGCACUGGAUGUGGGGGGCUGAGAGAGGGUCCUGCCUUGGCCCAGGUUGCUUCUGUCUUCUGCAGACGGCUCCUGGGGGUACAGGCACACAGCAGCCUGCGCAUCCUGUUCUCAUUGUGGUUAAACAUUUCUCAGAACUAACGCCGUGGUUACGUCUCCACUUGGAAAAUGUGGAAGCCUGCUUGUGUUGCCAGGCCGUCUGGCCCCAUAAGAAUGAAGUGUUUGCACAGGAGGCAGCAGCAGCGCCCUGCACCAGGGUUCGCCCAGCCUGGCAUCCCCUGCCAGCUUCAGGGCCAUCCCCGUGGGGGCUUUGGUGCUGGGACAGCUUGGGAUGGGCUGCACACGCCUCAGUCCUGGAGGUCUGUCCAGGUGCCUGGAGGGCAGCAUUGGUUUGCUGGGAGAGAGAAGGUACCCAGCCCUCCCAGGCAGCAGCUCCCAGAAGUGCGGGCCCCUGGGGCCCCCGGGAAUGAGACUUCCACAGUGGCAUCCGCAGGGUCCCCCUGUCUCCCACCUCCUGUCUGUUGGGCCCAAAUUGAGAGGAAAGAUUUUUUUUUUUCUCAAGCUGUUUGACCAAGGGUAGCUUUAUACAAAUUGGGGGUGAGUGCCAUGGAGGGGUGUGGUGGGAGCAGAGGUAUCCCCAGAUUGUUCCAGUAGUUUCUGCCUGGGCCUUAUGCACUCUGUGGGAGCUGUGUGUCCCCAGGCCCAGGGCUCAGUACAGGCCCUGGUCUGCGGCUUGGAAGCCACCCCACUCCCCCAGCUUUUGGGAAGGCUCUCCUGUGUCAGGUGAGCCUCACAUGGCCGUUUCAGGAAUUUCCGUUCAGGCUCAUGUCCCUGUUGUGGUUUUUCCUUCUCAGAAUGCCCUGUGUCUGUGUGCAAGUGACACCCACAGGUACAGGAAGUCACCUCCCCCUGGUGCAAAUGGGCUCCUGGUUCCAAGGAAGUGGGCAGUGCCUCCAUGGCCGGUGCACUCACAGGCACGCCCGGCAGGCUCCUGGGGAGAUCUGGCAGCACUCUGCCCCCUGGCGGCCCCACUACCUCCUGAGCUUCGCCUCGGAAACCACAGUGUCGGCAUUCAGGGCCGAGCGCCGGCUGACCUCGGGGUCACCUUUUCCUCAGAACCUCCCUGGUCCAGAUCCAUAUAUGUUUUCUUUCCCACCGUUACUCACAUCCACUUUGGUUUUCUUCAGCCAUCCUCUGGACCUUUGCUGGCAUGCAGGUGCCUGACACCGAGUGUGCAGGCACAGCUAGGUGGAAGUGCAGUCGUGGGUCAGUCCAAGUGGGGAGAGCAGGGCGCUGUACUCUGAUAGUUCCUGGAGCCCGGGCUUGCCGAGAGCUGGCAAGGACACACUCUCCUGGCCUCUCAGCGCAGACCAUGCGGUAGGGGCUCUCAGAGCCCACUGUGCCCUGCCCUCCUUGGGGGACACGGAAGCCACGUUUGAGAGCUGUUUCCUUGCUGUGGAGCACUGAGCCACUCCGCCUGCAAGAGGGCCCUGUGUGUGACCAGUGUGCUGGAGGCCUGUUAGGAGAGACACUGUGGCUGAGGGUGACCCCUGCUUGUCCCCCUCCGUGCUCUGUGGUAUUUGUGGAAACGGUGCCCAUCAGUACACAGGCUGCCCUGUACCUCCUUAAAAGUAACAUGUCAUUAUUUAAAUCCACUGUAGGCUGCCCACCCAGGGGAGACUCGUGUGAACACUGGGUCUGCAGCCUGCCCCUCCCCACCUCCAUACACAGUUGUGAGCGCGCACGUGUGCCCUUUGCGUCCACCUUUUCUCACUGGUGUUUUAUCUUCCCAUGCCGUGAACCGUUCUCCAAACACACUCUUAGUGUGGUGCCUGAUGGUCAUCGGUGUCACCCUGACCACUGACCGUUUCCCUCUGUGAAGCUCUGAGUUUCUCGCUGUUGAAAUAAUGCUGUGACGAGUGUCCUUAUAAAUCCUUGAUUUGUAACUCUGGUUUUCUCCCCCGUAGGUGCCUAGAAGUGGUAGAUUUGGGUCAAAGAGUUUGUUCAUUUCCAAGAUGCUGCUCUCUCCUCGGACGCUUAGACGCCCAGAGUUCAGGAACAGAACCCCUUAGUUGUGUACUGCAGGUUCCCACCGCAUUGUGUUCCAAAGAAUGUCUCGAUACAACCGCUCUUUUUCCUAACGCUAAGGUGACAUCGUCGCGGUGGAUGCACUGCAGCGUUUUCCUGUUUGCAGUGUGAGGAUCUGGCUGUGCUUGCGUGCUGUUCUCCCAUCUGCUGCUAGGCUUCCCGUGCUUGGUGGGGUCUCAGACCCUGUCCUUGUGUCUACAACGGUACUGCGUUUGCAUCCGCACAGUCCGCAGAGAGAGCAGGCGUUGAACUGACCUGGCCAUUGCUUAACGGUCGGAAAAUGCAUGGGGCCGUUCAGAACCGUCAGCAGGGCAAAGGCCCCGCCGGAAACCCUGCCAAGGGCAGAUCCCAGGAUUGCACGGUGGUAUGGCUCCGGGCUGGUGUGGAGAGAGGGCCUUCUCAUGCUGCCUCGUCACUUCAAGUCCAGCCACCUCAGUUUGGCUGUGGUCUCUGCGCUGGGUGAGGCGCUGGAUUCGGAGGGCAAGCGUUGCCAGGAGAUGCUGUGAGGGCACCAGUCUCAAUGCUGUCUGAUUUUGCAGCAUUGGGUCUGCCCCUGUUCACACUGGUCCACAGAGCCCAAGUGCUUGCUCGCCGUCAAGUGGGUGGCAGCUGUGAGAGUGGGAUGGAGAAGGUGCCACAUGAACUGAUUGACUAAAAGUGUCUGUUUCUGAGGGAGCAUCCAGGUGCCAUGCUCAUACCCUCGCCCACCUCCUAGGUGACACGGCCCGGGCGUACAUGUGCUGGUCUGGAGGAGGCAGUGCCAGCAGGUUGCAUGGCAUGGAGCAGAAUGGGCCUCCCUAGAUGCUGAGUUUUCCCCCUGACUUUCCUUCAAAGUGAAGAAACCCAAACGCAUACAGACACCUUUGUUGCAAGAGGCGAACCAUUUUUAGUCAUUUAACUCCACACUGUUGUAACCUGUGGCCCAGUGGACGUGAAAUAGGUCAUCCUGCUGGUGAGCAGCUUCUCCUGGGACCGUACCUCGAUGGGACGUUGGCUGAAUCGAAUCGUGACUUCUUGGAGCGGCUGUGGCGGCUCUCCAACAACAGCCGCCAGGGUGGAUCCUGGGCACAGUCUGGUCAGUGGCAGCGAGACGCCUAACUCUUCCCGAUCUGUAGCCGUAACUGUGAUGUACAGGCAAAGCAGAAGUUUUUAAAAAGUAUGGAAACAAAUAAUGCAAUGAUAUUAGGAUUUACACUUUUGUAUUUUUAUUCUUAUAUAAGGUUAUUUGCUGGCCCCUGGCCUCUAGUUCACCCUGUGUUAUUUAAAUUCUAAUAUAUGAAUUAUUUGGAUUGAAUUCAUGUUCGGGGCCACGUUGUUGUAUGUAUUGAUGUACAGCCUUGAAUGUGAAUAAUUAUUGUAAACUAUAUUUUACAACUUUUGUUUCUCGCUUUAUUAUAUAACUUUUCUAUUUGGUCGAUGAUUUAAUCAUAAUUUAAUGAAUCUGUGUAUCCUCUUUCAGAUAUUUGUGCUGUAGAUGUAGUUACUGGAUGAUGAAUUUUCGUCUAUGCUCAGUAGUCUUGUAAUAAAAGCAUGUAGCGUGGA